GCCCAGCAACAAUGGCCGCCAGUUUCAGAGGUGUUGAACCAUUUUAUCCAUGCGAAAGCUGUGAAUUAAAAAGCAUCUCAAGAAUCUGACUUUCAAGUGAGCGUUAAGUUAAUUAAAACGCAUAGACUAGUGGUUCUUAACCUUUUUGGAGGUACCGAACCCCACCGGUUUCAUAUGCGCAUUCACUGAACCCUUCUUAAUAGGGAAAAUAAAAUAUGAUAUUUUUUUGUUCCUGAUUUUUUGGGGGACUUCCGCCGAACCCUUGAGGCUGACUCACCGAACCCCCGGGGUUCGAUCGAACCCAGGUUAAGAACCACUGGUAUAGACACAUUGCUUUGAUUGAAAAGUAGGCACGACAAGUUGAUGGUCUGGAGUUCAAUCCCCCUACCAGAGCCAACUCAAGCAAAAACACCACCAGCACCCCGGGUGGAUGGGACUCGUCAACCUUGUUGGAUGGCAACUCAUCUAAGAGAAGGAAACUCAGAAUUCAAACCGGAAGAUGGAGUCCCGUAGGCGGAUAGCAUCGGUACAAUGGAACAAUGCGGCAACUCCUACGACGCCACUGGUGCCAAAGCUGUAUCAUCCACAUGAUGUCCCCUUUGGUUUAUCCAGCUGCGUCGAGAGAGGCGAUUUACUGUUGGGAACCAGCUUAUAAUCCUAGACGUUAAUCCCACGCCUUGUGGAUUUCGUCCUGCGAAGUCUCCACCAUCGUCACAUUGUGACGGACUGAUGCCAACAAAACAAAAAGGCUCGACAAUGAAGGAAGCAGGGACGAUUAUGUUAAUCAGUUUGUUUGAUUUCCGGUUAAGAGCAAUCAAGGGAUGUAACUGAGGCGCAUACACUAUGUUUAUAUUUAUUCCAAUUGUUUAUGUUAUAAAAGGGUUUUGGUGUUCAUAUCAUAUGUUAAUUCAUCCUGAAAUUGUAUUUCAAUACACAUAUUCUUCAUGGAUUGUAUUGUUUAAACUCCCUUUACCUUCGCUGCGCACCACAUGCACUUGCACUGCGCAACGUGGCGCGGUGUUUAGUGUGCACGAGUGAGGAUGGCGACGUAGUACCAGCGCCCAGUGUUUGAAAACGAUGGGCUGCGGGGGAUCAAGGCAAUCAGAGGUCGGCAUGGCCAGCAAACGAACUGACCCACCAGGUGAACCUGAACAGAGGUGGUCAUCCGAUUCAAGUCAUGGCGAACUAACUAAGGUAAAUGGCCCCCCUACACCCCCGAAGUCACCUGACACUUAACUCUGGGGGUUGACAACAAUGAAAAAAUUACGCAUCUGGGCUCGUGUUCAAGUCACGUAUGUGCGGUGUGAAGUAAGUAGAGAGGGGGGGGGGGCAAUCUGUUCAAGUUGUUUUGUGUACGGGAUGCGAAGAAAUUCCUUAGGCAUAGAACUGGGGUGGAAUUAUGAGAAUCGAUAGUGGACAUGAAACAUUGAUAUUCUUGUGUGUUCUGUAGUAUUAUUCUCAGUGUUUCUGAAAUAUACUCACGGUUUCUUAACUAUACUCACUGUUUCUGUAUUAUACUCACUGUUUCUGUAUUAUACUCACUGUUUCUGUAUUAUACUCACUGUUUCUGUAUUAUACUCACUGUUUCUGUAUUAUACUCACUGUUUCUGAACUAUACUCACUGUUUCUGAACUGUACUCAUUGUUUCUGUAUUAUACUCAUUGUUUCUGUAUGAUACUCACUGUUUCUGAACAAUAAUCACUGUUUCUGAACUAUACUCACUGUUUCUGUAUUUUGCUCACUAUUUCUGAACUAUACUCACUGUUUCUGUAUUAUACUCACUGUUUCUGUAUUAUACUCACUGUUUCUGAACUAUACUCACUGUUUAUGCAUUAUACUCACUGUUUCUGAACUAUACUCACUGUUUCUGUAUUAUACUCACUGUUUCUGAACUAUACUCACUGUUUCUGUAUUAUACUCACUGUUUCUGUAUUAUAUUCACUGUUUCUGAACUAUAAUCACUUUUUCUGAGCUAUACUCGCUGUUUCUGUAUUAUACUCACUGUUUCUGUAUUAUACUCACUGUUUCUAAACUAUACUCACUGUUUCUGAACUAUACUCACUGUUUCUGUAUUAUACUCAUUGUUUCUGUAUUAUACUCACAGUUUCUGUAUUAUACUCACUGUUUCUGAACUAUACUCACUGUUUCUGUAUUACACUCAUUGUUUCUGUAUUAUAGUCACUGUUUCUGAACAAUACUCAUUGUUUCUGAAAUAUACUCACUGUUUCUGUAUUAUACUCACUUUUUUUGUAUUAUACUCACUGUUUCUGUAUUAUACUCACUGUUUCUGUAUUAUACUCACUGUUUCUGAACAAUACUCACUGUUUCUGAACUAUAAUCACUGUUUCUGAACUAUACUCAUUGUUUCUGUAUUAUACUCACUGUUUCUGUAUUAUUCUCACUGUUUCUAAACUAUACUCACUGUUUCUGAACUAUACUCACUGUUUCUGUAUUAUACUCAUUGUUUCUGUAUUAUACUCACUGUUUCUGUAUUAUACUCACUGUUUCUGAACUAUAAUCACUGUUUCUGAACUAUACUCAUUGUUUCUGUAUUAUACUCACUGUUUCUGUAUUAUUCUCACUGUUUCUAAACUAUACUCACUGUUUCUGAACUAUACUCACUGUUUCUGAACUAUACGCAUUGUUUCUGUAUUAUACUCACUGUUUCUGUAUUAUUCUCACUGUUUCUAAACUAUACUCACUGUUUCUGAACUAUACUCACUGUUUCUGUAUUACACUCAUUGUUUCUGUAUUAUACUCACGGUUUCUUAACUAUACUCACUGUUUCUGAACUAUACUCACUGUUUCUGUAUUAUACUCAUUGUUUCUGUAUUAUACUCACUGUUUCUGUAUUAUUCUCACUGUUUCUAAACUAUACUCACUGUUUCUGAACUAUACUCACUGUUUCUGUAUUACACUCAUUGUUUCUGUAUUAUACUCACUGUUUCUGAACAAUACUCAUUGUUUCUGAACUAUACUCACUGUUUCUGUAUUAUACUCACUGUUUCUGUAUUAUACUCACUGUUUCUGUAUUAUACUCACUGUGUCUGUAUUAUACUCACUGUUUCUGAACAAUAGUCACUGUUUCUGAACUAUAAUCUUUGUUUCUGAACUAUACUCAUUGUUUCUGUAUUAUACUCACUCUUUCUAAACUAUACUCACUGUUUCUGUAUUAUACUCACUGUUUCUGUAUUAUACUCACUGUUUCUGUAUUAUACUCACUGUGUCUGUAUUAUACUCACUGUUUCUGAACAAUAGUCACUGUUUCUGAACUAUAAUCUUUGUUUCUGAACUAUACUCAUUGUUUCUGUAUUAUACUCACUCUUUCUAAACUAUACUCACUGUUUCUGAACUAUACUCACAGUUUCUGUAUUACACUCAUUGUUUCUGUAUUAUACUCACUCUUUCUAAACUAUACUCACUGUUUCUUGAACUAUACUCACUGUUUCUGUAUUACACUCAUUGUUUCUGUAUUAUACUCACUGUUUCGGAACAAUACUCAUUGUUUCUGAACUAUACUCACUGUUUCUGUAUUAUACUCACUGUUUCGUAUUAUACUCACUGGUUCUGUAUUAUACUCACAGUUUCUGUAUUAUACUCUCUGUUUCUGAACUAUACUCACAGUUUCUGUAUUAUACUCACUGUUUCUGAACUAUACUCACUGUUUCUGUAUUAUACUCACUGUUUUAUUUGUAUCACACACCUUUUUUCCUCCCCCACAUCACCCCAAAACCCCCCACUCGUACACUGAGCCUUCUAACUAUGUCCACCCAGGAUCGCCCUUGCUCUCAAACAAAGAAUGCUAUUCUAGAUGUGCCCAGGAGUGUCUCAGCAGUAUAUGCCAAGGUAUUUUGUCCAAUUUUUUUUUUUAGUUUUUCUUUUUUUUCAAAACAAUUUUUGGUGACAUAUAGCAUUCACUUUUUAAAAACGUAUUAUCAUUACUAUUUAUAGUAAUGUUUAUUUUAAGAACUGACUUUUAAGAGACAUUCAUAAUUUCGUCUCAUUACAUUACAAUGUCUCUUUGAUUAUCUCCGGAGGCUGGAGAUCUCCUCAGAGUUGGGUUGUUGUUGUUUUCUUCAAGAUCUGUAUGAAUGGGCGGGUCCAUAUCUAACUGUAGAGGGAUUUGUUUGUAUUACUUUCGAAUUCCCAUGUAAUGUGAUGACUUUUGGCAUGUUAUGUGAUGACUGGUGUCAUGUUAUGUGAUGACUAGUGUCAUGUUAUGUGAUGACUGGUGUCAUGUUAUGUGAUGACUGGUGUCAUGUUAUGUGAUGACUGGUGUCAUGUUAUGUGAUGACUGGUGUCAUGUUAUGUGAUGACUUUUGGCAUGUUAUGUGAUGACUGGUGUCAUGUUAUGUGAUGACUGGUGUCAUGUUAUGUGAUGACUUUUGGCAUGUUAUGUGAUGACUUUUGGCAUUUUAUGUGAUGAAAGAUCAAUAAAAACCUAGUACCAUUGCCAUUAAUUAGUUUGAUUAUGUGGACCUUUGCGACAGACAAAUAUGUGGGUGUGUUAGCACAACUGUUACGUGGAGCUCUUCCAUACACAAGGCCAACACGACGCCAACAGAACAGCUGCUUCGGAAAACAUAUGACGCGCCAGGAAAAAUCCCGUGUUAACGCUGCAGCCGUAGUUGCCCCAUCCAUCCCCCCCCCCCUUCCACCCUCCUUCCGCGCUAGAUUUUUUCGUGCCAGAAUCGGCCCCGUGAGCCAUCUGCGCACCCGCAGACAGAUUCAGCCCCGGGAUUAAGUCGAUGUUUAGUUAUUGGUCAUGUUCGACUUUCGACUGACUAGAGCUCACCGUUGCUGUGUUAUACUCACUGUUUCUGUAUUAUACUCACUGUUUCUGAACUAUACUCAUUGUUUCUGUAUUAUACUCACUGCUUCUGAACUACACUCACUGUUUCUGUAUUAUACUCACUGCUUCUAAUCUCUUGUUUCACCUGUAGCAUCAUGGGGGGGGAGGUGACGACCCAUUCUAAUCUCUUCUUUCUCCUGUAGCAUCAUGGGGGCGACGGCCCAUUCUAACCUCUUGUUUCACCUGUAGCAUCAUGGGGCGACGGCCCAUUCUAACCUCUUGUUUCACCUGUAGCAUCAUGGGGGUGACGGCCCAUUCUAACCUCUUGUUUCACCUGUAGCAUCAUGGGGGCGACGGCCCAUUCUAACCUCUUGUUUCACCUGUAGCAUCAUGGGGGCGACGGCCCAUUCUAACCUCUUGUUUCACCUGUAGCAUCAUGGGGGCGACGGCCCAUUUAACUGUGUGGAACCCAAGCGUUUUUUCAUCGACGAAUUCACCGAAGGCGGGGUCAACGUGUACGUCUUCCCGAUGGGUCAGAAGGCUGAGAAGCUAACAAGCGAAAGUGAGUACACCCUUGGCCACUUUUUCCUAUCCUAACCCCCCCUCCCCCCAUGGCGUCGCUUAGAUUUUUUUUCUGUGAGAUCCCUUUCAGGAACUAUUUUAUUUAUUUUUUUUAUAUCUUUAAACGAUUUUGUUGAAAUGUCUAUUUUUAUGAUGAUUAUAAUAAAUCUUGAAUAUUUACAAAAAUACUCCCUUUUCAAGCAUCUAUUUUCGAUGAAUUAGCAUUGACUUCGUUAUUAAUAAUUUUUUUAAUGAAUCUGGCUAGAAGGUCACUUUGCCUCAAUCACUUGUGGUCGCAACCACAAAACGGCAGAGAGUAUAAAGAACUCUAGAGAAAAGCCCAGGCCACAUUAGCCGAAUGAAGUCCUCAGUUUUUAUAAGUCGGACAUUUAGUACCUCCUUCCCUUAGAUUUACCUAUUGAAUGUACCUCUCUGCCUUGGGAGGAAAUGAAUGAAACAAAGUAUGGGAAAAAUCUGAAGAAAAAGAUCGCAACAAAACAACGAACGUGUCGGCAAGAAGCCUUCUUCAGCGACAAAGAACAACAGUAAAAACAGAGUUAAAUUUUUUUAAAAAAAGGAAUAUCACUUGGCGGAAAUGUAGUAUCCGAGAGGGCGACAAGAAAUGUUUUCGGGUUUUCUCAUAUCUUGUCUCAUUCAUGUCCUUGCUUGUUAACCUGAUUGCUGUCUCUCCCCCUUGUUAGCAUUAGGCAUUUGAUGGAUGUAUGUCCUAUUUGUUUAUAUAUUAAUUUGACAUGUUUCAUAGAUUCAUGUUUUCAAUGAUAUGUUUAACCAUCUGUGCUACAUUACAUCUUAAUCGCAAGUUACUGAUCAAAAAAAAAUUUCUUGUCAAUUGAUAUAAAAUAAUUCAGCCUUAAAAUAAUCUUUCAAAAUUUGGCUUCUAACUCAUCCAAAAAUUUCUGUUUAUGUUGUUACGUGUAAUAAACGAAAAUAAAAUAUUUAAAAUUUAAAAAAAAUAUUCGUUGUCGGCAGGAUUCGAACCUGCGCGGGAAGAUCCCAAUAGAUUUCUAGUCUAUCGCCUUAACCACUCGGCCACGACAACCUGUGCUAGAGACUAACAUGAUGCGAAAGUGUUGGAUGAUAUCAUUUCAUUCAUAAUUAACAGUCUUUGAUCUCUCCCCGUCCCCCCUUGAAAAUCAAAGUCGAAGCGAGAGAUUAUGCCACCCCCAAAACAUGACACCCUUUGUGAACUGCUCAUUAUGCCCCCCUCCUCUCCCGGUCCCCAUGUCUUCCUAGAGCUCUGUGAGCAUGUUAAAAAAGUAUGGAUUCAAGCGCUGUACACAAUUUCAAUUCAAUUCAAUACAAUAGACCGGUGCCUCAAUUAUUCCACAGAAGGACACCAUCCCUAACAUUGCGACUGUCCUGUUCUUCCCCCAUUAUUAUGACCUGUUUCAAUGUGUAGCCUUGUGUAUGCUUCCAGGCCCGAGCAUGAUCCACCUCGUCCGGCCCACCCCCAUCGCGGCCACAGCCAGAUCCACGAGCACCCCGGGCGGCUUCUUGGACCAAGCUGACCUGUCCGCCGAGACCAUCUUACCACCGGAAGCUCCGGCAGAGCCCAGCGACAAAGAGGACGUGGUUCCGAACCCGAAAUGGCCACUGUGGAAAGUUGUCGCCUACAUCAGAAAACGAACUGAACGCCAGGUGGUGGAGGAGGAGAAUUGUCCAACCAUGGGAACCACGCAGUGACGCUAUCAUAUUGGGUGUCACGUCACGUGUCCCUUGCCCAGAUUCGAUCAUUAAAAAGAAAAUGGCUGAGCAUUUUGACACCGAUAUGUUCACCUUUGUUAAUGUUGGGCGAUGUCCCCCGUCCCCCCCCCCCGAUUGCUCGCGUGGGUUGGGAGAUGGGGGGUGGGGGUAGAAGGGGGUGACGUCACUCGUGUUGGUUAUCUAAUUUGACCCCGAUAUGUUCACCUUUGUUAAUGUUGGGGGGGGUCCCCCGGCCCCCCCCCCCCGAUUGCUCGCGUGGGUUGGGAGAUGGGGGGUGGGGGUAGAAGGGGGUGACGUCACUCGUGUUGGUUAUCUACCGGCAGCCUUAGUCUUAGUUCCUAGUGUUGCUAUGCUAUAAAAAAUAAAUGUGUGUUCGUUGUUGAUGCCUUGACGAGGGUAAAUAUAACGACAUCUGUCAAUCUGGGAAGUUUAUAAUUCCCCCUUGAUCACUGAUUACGUCUUGCGUGUAAAACGAGUGGGACUAAAGUCAAUAAUAUUCCCUUGUCGCUAUUGCAAUAAUGUUGUUGUUGUUUUUUUAACAUGGACAAAGUUGUUUUCAUCGAUACAAUGCUAUCAUUUGUUACACGUGGCUCCUCAAGAAAAAAUCUGUAUUUGCACCCGUCUAACUGACGGACAUUUUUUCUAGUACGAAAUAACAACGGAAGCACUAAAGCGAUUUCUCUUCCCAUUAAAAAGAGUAUCGAAAAGAGCAUUGAAAAAAUGAACUGGAAUAUCAUCAGAUAUGAAAUAUUCGCUUAGGGUUUACAUUCGAUCUGACACAACAAAACGUGCAUUUUCCUUUUAAGCAAUGAUCACAAAAUAUUUUUUUUAAAAAUAAUAAUAAUAAAGAGACC